CGGUAUAGAAGGCUUGACAUCAUAGGCUGUGGUCUACUCCGCUCUUAAGGAAUCACUUCGAAUUGCAUUUUCUUAUUAUAUGAAGUAUAGCCAAUUGGUAGGAUACUAUUUUCCAUCGAGGUCCUGGGUCCACUUGCUGUACAAACCUGCGACAUUUCUUAAUAUCGCCUUUGAUUUUCUUCAGUUUACGCCUUGAGAGGGAGCGGAAGGUAAAAUAAUGCUAGUGGAUCAUUUAUUUUAGGCAGAGGUCACCUGGAUGUUGAACGUUUCUAUAGGUUUUGAAAACAAAACUAUGUUGCAUGGCAUCAGCUAAUAGAAAAGUAUUUAAAUUGUUUUGGCUUUAUUAAUAAUAGAUAGCCUACUCUCCUCUUUAGCAAUAGGAUAUCGGCAGUGCUUUUUGUGGCUAAUGUGGCUAGACAUGUAGGAUGUAAUGUAUGCAGUGUAUUCAAUGUCGAACAUGAGUUAGUGAAUGAAACAAGCGUAGAAAUUAGAGAUCUGUUCUGAGACGCAUGAAGUUCAACUUAUUAUGGGAACUUGUAGCGGCCUGUGGUGCAAUGCACCCCGCACAUGGCCGAUUGAGGAUGUAUGUCAUAUGAAGUCUAAAUUCUGCAUUUGUGAAGACUAAGAUUCCCUAUCUAAAAAUACAUUCAACAUCCUCUACCAUGCCUGCACCUGACAUGGUGGAUGGCAAACUCUCUGGUUCCCGCUGUGCCAUAGAAGGAGUGUCUAUUAAGGGGCUCUUUGCCCUUCUGGUCCUGAGUCUCCUACUGCCUUCAGGAGCAACAACCAGCUCAAAAUCUGUCACCUGCCACAAAACCUGUUUGUGCGCCAGCAACAUCGUUAGCUGCUCCAAGAUGAACCUGACCAGCAUCCCCAUGGCUUUUCCUCGCUACACUGCUGUGCUGGACCUUAGCUUCAACCAAAUCAGUAAACUGAAAGCUGAAUGGACCCCUGUCAAGCUCAGCAUGCUGCACAGCCUCCUGCUCAGCCACAACGGCCUCACCUUCCUCUCUUCCGAGGCCUUCCUAUAUGUCACACGGUUGCGCUACCUGGACCUUUCCUCAAAUGGCCUGAAAAUUCUGGAGGAGUUCAUCUUCGAGCCCCUGGAGCACCUGGAAGUGCUUCUGCUUUACAACAACUACAUCUCCCAGAUUGACCGCACUGCCUUCUCCAGCCUCAACAGCCUGCAGAAGCUCUACCUCAGUCAGAACCAGAUCCAACGCUUCCCCCUGGAGCUGGUCAAAGAGAGGAAUCGGCUGGAGAAGCUCACUCUGUUGGACGUGUCCACCAAUCGGCUCAAACUACUGCCCAUACAGGAGCUCCAGGUCCUGCCUGCCUGGAUCAAGAAUGGCCUCUACUUCCACAACAACCCGCUGCCCUGCAGCUGUGAGCUGUACAGCAUGCUGGCCCGCUGGCACCGCCAGGAGCUCAGCUCUGCCACUGAUUUCAGAGAUGACCACACCUGCCUCCUCCCAGGCACACAGAAGGAGAAGGCACUCACCCUGGAGCUGAACAAGGUCCAUCUGAAUUGCAGCGCAGUGACCAUUUUAGACGAGGAGGCCUACCUUGAGCAGUUCAUAAGACUGGGCUGUGACACUAGGCAGAGGUACAUGCUGAAGAGCUGGGUCCUUCCCGGCAAUGUGCAGUUGUCUUCUGGUAACCAAAGUUCCAGGGUCCUCAGCGACGGCAGCCUGCAGGUCGGCCCCAUCACGCUCGAGGACUCUGGGAUCUACACCUGUUACGCAGUGGGGGAAUCCUUCAACGAGACCCUGUAUGUGACUGUGUUAGUGCACAACGCCACUCAGGCUGGAGGGCAGGAGGGCAUGAAGACGGCCUACACCACAUUGGUGGGCUGUCUGGCCAGUGCGAUGAUGGUGCUCAUCUACCUCUACCUCACACCCUGCAGCUGCAUCUGCUGCCCGGGCCAGGGCCUGGACAAGAGAGCCCCGGGGGACAGCCUUCACUCCUCCAUCCUUAGCGUCUCUCCCACACAUGAGGACACAGGCCCGGAGGGGGGCGGAGGUGGAGGGGGUGCCUUUGACAAGCCUCCCUUUAACAGGCAUGUCACCUACCUGGACCCAAAGGGCCUGCUGGAGCAGAAUGGGCGACUGAGCCCAUGUGGGGAGGAGGAUGAGGAGUGGCAGGAGGAGGACAGAGGGAGGCAGGAACAGAGAAGGAAGUCAGACGCAGAGUCUCUGAGCUCUGUGUACUCGGACACCCCUAUUGUUGUGUGAGAUGGUGUUUCGCUUCAACUGGAGGAUCUUCCACAUAAAAACACUGGGGGGAGGGUGGAGGAUGGGUGACUCAGCUGCCUCAGUAGGACUGUAAUUUUGAUGUUUUAUCCAUUUUCCAUAUGUAGAAAUUCAAUAGGGUAAGUAGCUUUACGUAGUGGGAUUACACUAUCUUGUCUUUUUAUAAAACAAGAACUUUCAACCAAAUGAGGAUUAAUUCUCACUAAUUUAUUCUGUAGCAAUCUAUGUGUUCAUCAAAUGCUUCAUCCCUUUGUGUUAGAAUACCAAUAUUGUUGAUUCUUUCCAGUGACAAGGGGCACAAAUACGUUAUGAGUUGUAGCUGAAUUUAUGCAACCAACAGAAGCAGCAUUGAAGUGUAUUCACUUGAAUAGACUCAACAUUGCUCCAAUACAUCUGUGCUGCUGUGACGCCUGGAUCACCAGGCUAAUAAUAGUCUCUGUCACUUAGUCAUUAUUGGGGGGGAUGCUAAUGGGACAGUGUGGGACAGAAAGGAUAUUUGUUAGCAGCCAGGCCCAGUCCUACCAAAGGGAGUUGCUGUGAAAAUCCACUGAGUACUUCUGGGCAUGGGUUCAAGUCCCUAAGCAAACGGACAAACGCAGACUGGGCGAUUGUCUUAUAAACAUGGUAGAAAUAGCAGCCAGUAGUACAGCUAAUACGCUAGCCUACUUAGCAACCCUGCCGCAGUUGAGCUUGGGAAGGAAACACAACUCUUAGCACUGGAACAACAGAUAUUCUGCUGUCAUUCUUGUAUCGCUAAACAGAUACAACUAAGAUUAAGGAUUGAUGUAGGAGGUAUAAUAUAAACAAAUGUCAUUGAUAUUAUGCCAGCACCAUGAGCUCAGAAAAAAUGGUCAAGAAGCAGUCAGAUGCUAAUGUUACCCAGCUGAAAAUCAGGUUUGAGCUCAAUGAAGUUUGAGCUCUUGUUUUGUACCUGAACCUCUGUUUAGUCACUCAGUCCAGUUGUAUGCUAUGGGGGUUUCUUAACACACUUCAUUAGAUAUUACCUAACCUUGACUAACUGCUUUUCAACCUGAGAAUCUCUGGCCCUCUUAACUUGAAACCAGGUGCCAUCGUAAUUUCAGUACCUUGAUGGAGGAACUUACUGCGCUGCUGUUAUAGAGGGACAUCUCUGAAGACAGACUCCCACCUCUUAAGACCAAAUACUCAAACCUAUAGUAUAAGCUGAAAGGCCCAUUAUUAACUCACAGUAAAGCAGUUACUGAACACACACAACAAAACAUGUGCCGCUAACAUUUUCAGAAGCAAGACUUUCUUAAGCUAUCCAUUCAUGUCUAUAUUUCUGCCUGCUCAGGGUCAUAUAGUUUCAUAUGUAUGUGUAUAUACAUUAUCUAACUAUCUAUUAAUCAGAUGUUUAAUAGUAUGUAUCCCUACAGUAUACAUUAUUAUAUAAAGAUGUUGCAAGAUACUGUAUGUGCUUUUGCAUACUAGCAGAGGAGUUGUAAAUUAAAGACAGAUAAUGUUAUAUGAGAAUAUUAUCAUAACCUAUAAUCUUGUUAUGCUUUGAAGACCCUUACAUUUGACAAUUGACAUGGUCAUUUCUGGUAGAAGCUAUUGGACCUCUGGCUCUUCUGUAUAAAGACUUCAUUAUAAUCUCCUGAAGAAAAAUGUAUCAUCUCUGACCAAGCUAUGAUUGGUUAAAAUAUUUAAAGCGUAACCGGUGUGUAAUCUCUUAUACACUCACAAAGGGAAUCAGCUGAGUAAUUGUUAUCUGUUUAUAUACGUAUGUAAAAGUAUUAUGUGUCUUUGUGGUAGCCAUUUCUUGUGAUGUUCUGCGUUUUCCUACUGUCUGUGUUACUUACUACUUACUGCUUAUGAAUUGUUGGGUCAAGUACAAAGACAUUAAUCUGUAAUGACAGACUUUUGUCAGAAUCUCUCUGCUAUGCUCUCAAAUGCCUUCCUGUUCAUCCACUGUACCUGUCAACUGUAUUCACAACCUCAAACUUCCAAAACAUGAAGUGUGAUGAUACUGUGUUUUUCUUGGAAAGAAGCACUCAAGAGACACAUAACUAUGUAAAAAUACUUUGAAUUACUUAUUACAGUGCCUAGUGGAAGUCUACACACCCCUUGCACAGUCUUCACAUUUUUCUGCCUUAAAAUUGUAUAAGAAAAACAGAUUAAAUUAGAUUGUUUUCCUAUCGAUCUAUACAAUGUUCUCCACAUUAUAGAACAUUUAUAGAACAUUUUCCAAAUGACUAAGAAAUACAAAAUGUUGUAUUGAUUGCGUGUCCUAACACCCCAUAGGUAAUACUUGGUGGGAGCACCUAUAGCAGCCUUUACAGCUGUGAAUAAUUUGGAAUCAUAUUCUUCCAAUUUUGCACAACUCUUAGGGCAACAUGCAGCAACAUGUGAAGACUGUGCAAGGGAUGUGUAGACUUUCACUAGCGACUGUGUAAGUAGUGUUUUUGGUAAGUAGUUUAUCUGUACUUUACUAUUUACUAUUGUACUUUACUACUUUACUAUUUAUAUUUUUGAUUACUUUGACUCCACUACAUUCAUAAACAAAAUAUCUACUUUUUACUCCCAUAUAAAAAUGCUUAAUUUAUAAAUGAGUGUUGGAGUCUGCCCCUGGCA